CCUGCUCGCAUCCCCGGCUGUGCCGGCCGCUGGCGCCUCUUCGCCCCGGUUACCGCUAGUGGCUGCUGUCGCUCAGUGGAGCCCAAGGAGACCACGGCCAGAGCGUCCACCGCCCAAGAUGGUGGCUCCCGUGUCUCUUCUCCCACCGGCAGAGCAGGAAUAAACUUUCCAGGCUGAGUUAGAUGGAUGGUCCCCCUUAGCCUGGUGGGCUGCCCACCUCAUCUCCACUCCAGCUCCCCUGUUAAGGAAGGUGCCUCUGUGUGUUGGGGAGGCAGGAGGCACAAGCAUUUGGGUGGGGGUUGGGGGUCCCCUGCCCCAAGGUAGGAAUGGUGCCCCCAGGGAAAAAGCCAGCAGGAGAGGCCUCCAACUCCAACAAGAAGUGCAAGCGUUACUUCAACGAGCACUGGAAGGAGGAGUUUACCUGGCUGGACUUUGACUAUGAGCGGAAGCUGAUGUUUUGCCUUGAGUGUCGCCAAGCCCUGGUACGAAACAAGCACGGCAAAGCUGAGAAUGCCUUCACCGUGGGCACCGACAACUUCCAGCGUCACGCCCUGCUGCGCCACGUCACUUCGGGAGCCCACCGCCAGGCUCUGACCGUCAACCAGGGCCAGCCCACUGUAGAGGGCCCUGCUGAGGGAGGUGGGGCCUAUGCAGGCCUGGUUGCCACCCCCACCUCCAGGGAUGUCAAGGUGGAGGUGGACCCAGCCAAAGUGGCUGUGCUGACCACUGUGUACUGCAUGGCCAAGGAGGAUGUGCCCGACGAUCGCUGUUCUGCCCUGCUUGAGCUGCAGAGGUUCAACCUAUGCCAGGCACUGCUAGGUACAGAGCAUGGCAAUUACUACAGCCCCAGGAGAGUGAGGGACAUGCAGGUGGCCAUUGCCAGUGUCUUGCACACAGAGGCCUGUCAGCGCUUGAAGGCAUCCCCGUUUGUGGGGCUGGUGUUAGAUGAGACCAGGGACUGGCCUGAAUCCCACAGUCUAGCCCUGUUUGCCACUUCGGUGUCCCCAUGUGAUGGCCAGCCUUCUACCACCUUCCUGGGCAGUGUGGAACUACAGGAGGGCAGGGCCUCUGCGGGUCAACUCCUGGACAUCCUGCAGGCCUUCGGAGUAUCUGCACCCAAGCUAGCCUGGCUCAGCUCAAGCCUCCCCAGUGAUCGCUUAGGGAGUGUCAACCUGCAGCUCCGGGUCACCUGUCCAUUGCUCACUGAGCUGCACUGCCUCCCUGGCAGGACAGAUCCUGAGCCCCCUGCCUACCUGGGUGAAUAUGAGAGCAUACUGGAUGCCCUAUUCCGCCUGCACAGUGGCCCCAGUUCUCACAUGGUCCCUGAGCUACGGGCAGCAUUGGACCUUGCAGCUAUUGACUUGGCAGGGCCACGGCCAGUGCCCUGGGCCUCCCUGUUGCCUGUUGUGGAAGCAGUGGCAGAGGCCUGGCCUUGUCUGGUGGCCGCCCUGGAGGCGGCAGCCCCAGCCUCACCCACGGCUGCAGCUCUGGCUCUGGCCCUGCGCCAGUUCACCUUCGUAGCCUUCACCCACCUGCUGCUGGACGCUCUGCCCUCGGUGCAGAAGCUUGCCCUCAUCCUGCAGCCGGAAGAGCCGGACUUGGCCUUGCUGCAGCCUCUAGUGAUGGCGGCAGCAGCUUCCCUCCAAGCCCAGCGCCGCUCAGGGGGAGCCCGCUUCCAGGGCUUCCUGCGACAACUGGCAUUCUCAGACCCCGACGGGGGCGGUGGGUGCUGUGCCUACCGCGGCGUGGAGGUGGUCGGCUACUCAGAGGCUGCAGUCAGGGACCUGGAGCAACUGCGGGGAACCUUUCUGGACUCCAUGCGGAGGGGACUGCGGGACUCCUACCCCGGGCCCUCGCUGGACGCCGUGGCUGCCUUCGCGGCGAUCUUCGACCCCCGCCGUUACCCGCAGGCCCCGGAGGAGUUGGGUGCGCACGGCGAGGGGGCGCUGCGGGUGCUGCUGCGCGGCUUCGCGCCCGCAGUGGUGCGCCAGCGCGCGCUGGGCGACUUCGCCCUCUUCAAGCGCGUGGUGUUCAGCCUGGGGCGGCUCGGCCCGCGGGCGCUGUGCGCCAAGCUGGCGUGCGAGCACUCGGAGCUGCACGAGCUCUUCCCAGACUUCGCCGCCCUCGCUGCCUUGGCCUUAUCUCUGCCAGCGGGCGCCGGCCUCCUGGACAAGGUCGGCCGCAGUCGAGAGCUGCGAUGGUGGGGACAGAGCGGAGCCGGGGAAGGCCGGGGAGGCCACGUGGUGAAGAUCGCCGUGGACGGGCCCCCGCUGCAAGAGUUUGACUUUGCGCUGGCGGCGGAGUUCUUAGAGAGUGGGUGGGGGGAGGGGCUCCUGGGAUCGCAGCUCACCUGAGGGUGGCCCCCACUGCCCGUUCAGCCUGCAGCCCCGGAUACUCCUAGGGCCAACCCAGACUUGACUGUGCACCCGAUCUGACCUACACUGUGGUCUACCCGGCUAAUCCUUCCUCUACCCCUGCUGAGCCCCUAACCCUGUGCGCUGGACAGGAAGAGGGGCUUGGACAAGUGGGCAGAGCGGCUAGCUAUGGUCAGGGCAUCCGAAAUCCCCCGUGCUUUCCAGAAUUGGGUGAGAAGUAACUUACCCCUUCUGGAUUCCACCCACGUUUUGGCCCUAAAAAUGUUGGAGGUUCUUGGUUAGAGGAAGGAAAACUGGGUCUUGGAAACUGAGGGAAAGAAUUGGUCCCUGACAGUUUCUGAGCCCAACACUCACAGUAUUUCUUCUUUUCAGGUAAGACUGGAGAGCAGAUGACUGUGCUUACAUUUUGGGGUGCUGGGGAUGGAACUCAGGGCCUCAUGCACACUAGGCAGCUGCUCUACCAUUGAACUACCCGCCCCCCAAGUCCUGUGCUUGU